AUGGGCAACUCCUGCCGCGGCUCCUCCUCGCCCACCGACUACUACUGGUACGGCCACCACAACAACAGCAGCGCCUUGUCGUCCUCCCUCUCCGCCUGCAGCAGCUCUAGCAGCAGCGACCUCCUCCGCAACCACCACCAGCGGCGGCGGCACCACCGCACCUGCAGCAGCAGCACCAGCACCAGCGCUAGCACCACCAUGCGCGGCGGCGGCGGGCACCAGCAGCACCUGUCGUCCCCGACCGCGGUGCUGGGCCACGUCACCCCGGCGCUGCGCGACCUCUACGCGGUGGGGCGCAAGCUCGGGCAGGGGCAGUUCGGCACCACGUACCUGUGCACGGAGCUGUCCACGGGCGCCGCCUUCGCCUGCAAGUCCAUCGCCAAGCGCAAGCUGCUCACGCCCGAGGACGUCGACGACGUGCGCCGCGAGAUCCAGAUCAUGCACCACCUCGCCGGCCACGCCAGCGUCGUCACCAUCAAGGGCGCCUACGAGGACUCGCUCUACGUCCACAUCGUCAUGGAGCUCUGCGAGGGCGGCGAGCUCUUCGACCGCAUCGUCGACCGGGGCUACUUCUCGGAGCGCAAGGCCGCCGAGAUCGCGCGCGUCAUCGUCGGCGUCGUCGAGGCGUGUCACUCGCUGGGCGUGAUGCACCGGGACCUCAAGCCCGAGAACUUUCUGCUCAAGGACAGGGGACACGACGCGUCGCUCAAGGCCAUCGACUUCGGCCUCUCCGUCUUCUUCAAGCCCGGCCAGGUGUUCACCGACGUGGUGGGGUCCCCCUACUACGUGGCGCCGGAGGUGCUGUGCAAGCACUACGGUCCCGAGGCGGACGUGUGGACGGCGGGGGUCAUCAUCUACAUCCUCCUCAGCGGGGUGCCGCCCUUCUGGGCGGAGACGCAGCAGGGCAUCUUUGACGCCGUGCUCAAGGGCGCCAUCGACUUCGACUCGGAGCCGUGGCCCACCAUCUCCGACAGCGCCAAGGACCUCAUCCACCGGAUGCUGCGGUCGCCGCCGGCCGACAGGCUCACCGCGCACCAGGUGCUGUGCCACCCGUGGAUCUGCGAGAACGGCGUGGCCCCGGACAGGGCGCUGGACCCGGCGGUGCUGACGCGGCUCAAGCAGUUCUCGGCCAUGAACAGGCUCAAGAAGAUGGCGCUGCGGGUGAUCGCGCAGAGCCUGUCGGAGGAGGAGCUGGCGGGGCUCAAGGAGAUGUUCAAGGCCAUGGACACGGACGGCAGCGGCGCCAUCACCUUCGAUGAGCUCAAGGAAGGGCUCAGGAGGCACGGCUCCAACCUCAGGGAGAGCGAGAUCAGGGACCUCAUGGACGCCGCCGACGUCGACAACAGCGGCACCAUCGACUACGACGAGUUCAUCGCCGCCACCGUGCACAUGAGCAAGCUGGAGCGCGAGGAGCACCUGCUCGCCGCAUUCGCCUACUUCGACAAGGACGGCAGCGGGUACAUCACCGUCGACGAGCUGGAGCAGGCGUGCAGGGACCACAACAUGGUCGACGUCGGUCUGGACGACAUCAUCACAGAGGUGGACCAGGACAACGAUGGCCGCAUCGACUAUGGCGAGUUCGUGGCAAUGAUGAAGAAGGGCAUCAUCGGCCACGGCAGGCUCACCAUGAGGCACACCUCCGACGGCAGCGUCCUCCAUGGCGCCGGCUAG